AGACAAACAGAACGAACCUAAAACCUUAAAACCUAUAACUGGAACAAACAUGGAGCAAAAUUUGGCAGCACGACGCCGCAGACAAAGGAAUAGGAAACAAAAAAACAUAGAUGAAAAUGUUUUGAAUACAUUGAUGCCGGAUCUAAGCAAUCCUGUUAGCUACCUAUAUCUGGCUGCCGCACUGUUCAAAGCGCUGUUGCCGACAGGCGCUUUCGUCAAGAACUCCAUUCGCUUGGUCAAGCGUUGCACAAAGCCGAACCGCCAGGAGUUCAGACAAGCCGCCUUGGCCACCGCUGUGGGCUUCCUCAUCAUGGGCUUCAUUGGCUUCUUUGUGAAGCUGCUGCACAUUCCUGUCACGAAUAUCAUUAUAGGCUAAGACAUUAUACAUACGAGUACUAGUACAAGUAGUUUCCAGAUGGUGUGGUGCAACUGUUUAAUGCCAAAUAAACUUUAAAUUCAAUUGCAAAA